UAUAAAAAUAAAUUCACUUUAGUCGCAAUCAAAUUAUUCAGUCGGUUCCAUCGUUUGUUCGUGUUCGCACGCAUUCCGCAGUCGGAUAGAGUUUUGCUGCUGCCUGUCGAGAUUUGGCGCCUCGGAGCUUCAGUGACAAACAACAGGCUUGGAUUUGUAUGUUUAGAACCGGUGUAAAUAAAGCUGCUACAAAUUUAAUUGAUGCAUGCAGAGAGGCUGCUAGCCAGCUAGUGGAAUUGACCGUGAGAACUUUGGGGUUUUCCGGUAGAAACUAUUCUAAAUUGAAACAGUGAAAAUAUGCUAAACAUCGAUUAGAAGCACAGGCGUGUGGAACAACCAGAUAAAUAUGGAAACAAAAAGUGUAACGGAAGAAUUCAAACACUGAAUAGUGAUAGUGACAGUGAAAUUCGAUGCAAAAAGAUAAAACGUCUAUCCGCCAUCAAUGUGUUGAACCUAGCAAUCACCGAUGCGACUGCAAUGAUACUUCAUCAUGGAUAUUUCAUAAUCUUGAAUGCAAAGAGUAAGCGAAUGUUAUUAAUAAUCAUCAGCCCAAGCUAGGAGUUUGAAUUGAACCAGAAUCUGGAACCGCAAAUAUAGUGAGAAAACUUCGCUUGAAAAAGGACAUAACGUUAUAUCCAACGUUAGGUUUGCAACAAUUUCGCCGCUGUAAAACUUUCGCAAUAAUUAUUUGGUAGGUUCGACAACCUGAGUGAAAAAAAGGCAACACGCAACAGUUUUAGUGUGAUGCUCCCAGCGACAAAUCGAAAUGAUAGGCCAGAUCGAAGGUAUCAAACCUAAAAGAAAUGUAACGUGACCGCUAUCUUUCGACCAAACUAAUCGCGCUUUCUCCCUGGUAUAUCCAAUUAUGGUGCGAAUAUAAGCGACUCGUCGUUUGUAAAUGUUGAGUUUUUUUUUCUGUGGGCCUGACCAUACCGCCAAAAAUAUCCGCAUCAUCAGCACCGGAGAUAAAAGCCUCUUGUCGCCGGUGAACCCGCUCCAAAGUGCUCGAAAUUUCGGCUCGAAACACAUGGUCGAUAACCGCGGGUGCACAAGAUGAGAAAAAGACAAAAACAAGGUUGCGAAAUCACGACAGAGGAAACAAUCGAGAAAUCGGGACAAAGGAAGUAAUUAACAUUUGUGUAUUUAGGUGAAACGGGAACAACAAAGUGAAGACCAUCAGUGCAAAAAAAAAACGUUGAAUGUGAGAUCAUCAACACAAAAAAGUGAAUUAUAAUCAGCAGACCCUUUCCUACCCGACGGUCAAUAGUGAUAUCUUCCAUGAGGGAAGCGACAUUUUGCAAAAUGAAGAGUGUGAGGUGUAAAUGCCACAUCUUCGCCUCAGUUUUAGUUCUACUAGCGAUAUCAACCAUCACCGGAUCCAUCCAAAUCGACAACCGUCUUGUUCAGCCUCAGCAUGAUUGCUUCGAAAGGAUAGCACUGGGUGCCAUGCUGCCAUUCGAGAAAACAUUUCGGAACUCGGACACAAACUCUUUAAAAAUAUGUGAAACUCUCUGUCUGAAUGAUAAAGAAUGCCAAACAUUCGCUUUUGGAAUUUCCGGUCGAGGAAAUGGAACCUGUCAGCUGUCAGCAAAUGUGAUCGAUGCAACUAACUCUCGCCCGUUAGGCACUAUCUUCGAUCCCGAUUUCGAUCUCUAUUCCCGAAAAUAUAACUGUUUUUUAGACACAGUUGGUCCAUCUAAUCCACCCCCUCGGCCUGGAGGACUUGGAAGUUUUCCGGCUAGUGAGCUGCCCCCAGGAGGCACACAACGACCCACGGCACAGUUUCCCCCUUCUGGUCCAAUAGAUCGACCUGGUCCGCCAGUCUUUACAGCUGGUGGCACAACGACUGUUGGCGAGUCACAAUCGAGCAGUAAUGGAGGUUUCACUGACCCAACCAGACCCACCAGCGAAUAUCCCAGCACAUUUUCCACCAGCGUCGGUUCUACUUUUGGACAGCCAACUGCCGAAGUAGUCCCGGAAACGACUGCACCUGGUGAAGAAUAUUACACGACAAAGGAGCAACCCUCAUCCACACUACCCGGAAAUCACUAUACUCCUCCUACGAACACCGCUUACGGUCCGUCAAUUCCUACAGGUGGCAAUAGAUAUCCUCCCAAACAACCAGGUCCUCCGACGAUGCCCGGUGAAUCUCCUACAAAGUAUCCACUAGAUUUCAGGCCCCAAUACCCGCCAGCAUCGGGUCCAUCCCGUCCUGGUAAUUAUCCGUACCAAUUCCCAAUGCUCUACGAAAAAAAUUAUCCUAUGCCCAACAAUAACGACCGACUUCCAGAGAUAUACGCCCAAAACGUUCCAACCUUCGAUGGUAACUACCUGCGACCGGAAUAUGCUGGCUAUUUUGGCCGGCCGUCUGCCCCAUCAGCCCCAACUGGCAGCACUAAACCGGUAGACAAUAACGUCUCAGGAUACGGAGGAACUGGGCCUCAAAGACCAACAGACAACAGACCCAUUGAUUACGGAGGGACACUUCGACCGUCCGGCUCUGGGUCGGCUCCUGGUUCACCAUCGUACGGUGUUACGAGACCCCCACCUUCUCCCAUUGGACCAAGCGGUAAUGAUGGAUAUAGAGUGACAGAAGAUAAGCAUGACCUAUACCCGGCGAAGCUUAGACCUUGCUACCGUCGUGUUCUGGCCGGAAAACGGGUAGCGCCGCAGUGGGUGAGAAGAACCCUAGUCUGUGAACGAGUGGAGGACUGUCAGCGCGAAUGUGCGGACGAGCGGAGAUUCCCCUGUGAGGGAUUCAACUAUCGACUGGACCCAACAGGCCGCGGCCAGGGAGAUUGCGAGCUGAUCGACCAGCCGCUCUCCCAAAUCGAUCUCUACUCUAGCCCCCACCAACGGGAUUCAAAUCUGAUUCGUGAUCCAGAUUACGACUACUACGAACGUGAUCGUAGUGCUUCUCCCUCCUGCCGCACCAACUACGGCUGUAAGGACUGCAGUGUGAAAACAUACCGACCUCCGCUUGAUUUCGUCCGACCAACUACUUACCGCCCUCACGCCGACGGUUACAAACCAUUCCCACCGGAGAGGUCCCCGUUCGAGGAGGAUCGUUACAAACCAGGCACUGCGAUUGACAAGUAUAGACCACCUAUUUACAGUCGGCCCGAUUUCGAUCGGUACGGCACCAGUUAUUAUCCACCUCCCCCACCGUCAAGUGAUUCAUACAGACCAGCACUGCCGUAUAAACCACACUACGGUGGGGAUGUUGAUAGAUAUGAAACGAUCGACAACGAUCGUUACAAGCCACCACCCCAUGGACCACUGCUUAGCAGUAGCUACGAUCGGCUGGAUUAUUUCCGCCCACCAUACUCGUAUCCCGGAGACAACCGUCCGACAGGGCACCGACCAAGGCAUCCUUACGAGGACCGUGAUCCUCCGCCUCCACCGGCUGCCCAAUAUCCAUCUCACGGUGAAAAGACAAGUACCUUCAUUCCGUACCUCAUCGGACAGGAUGUCCACAAGAACUGGGGCACCUAUGGCGGAUCGUACGGCCACAGCGGAACUGACUCGUACAAAUCGAUUUCCGACUAUUGGGGUAUAAGAAAUGAGAUCAAACGGUAUGACGGACCAUCAUUCAAUUACUUCGAGCUCAGAAACGAACAUCAUCCGGAUGAGAAUAUUAUUUGGACCUACGGAGGGCGAAAAUAUGGCUAUGAUGACACACGUUCGCUGAUUGUUCCGGAACAUCGACCAGACCGUGUGCAUUUCGUUCACCAAUGGACAAGACGUCCUGGACACGAUGACUGUUCGGUAAAAUCAAGCGAAGGAUUCCGAUUGCAUAAGGGUGUCGUUAAGUACGCUCUGAACACUCCAACCGUGAUAGAAUGCGAACGCAUGUGCUACACGGAGUCCAGGUUCCGCUGUCACACCUUUAGCUAUCGCUACUCGACUGUGUCUCGAGAAAACUGCCUACUGUGUGAUCGUCCUUACAACCUGUUGGACUUUUACGCUGACUUGGAACCCGAUCGUGACUACGACAUCUACUCGAUGACGGAUGAUACGAAAACUUGCCAACCGGAAUCGCACCCAACGAUCAGAGAUAUCAAUGCACAAUGCUUUCUCCGAACAACUGAUUCAUACCGAUUUUUCAAAGCGAUCGUACGUGACUCGCUGACAGUCCGCUCGGUUGGCGAAUGCGAACUGGAAUGUAUCAGGGCAACCAAAUUUACUUGCCGAGCGUUUACGUACAGCUUUGGACCCCACACGAUCAACUCGGUGAUCGAUAACUGCCAGCUGUCAGAUUGGCCAGUACGUGAUAUGGACCGAGAGCGCCAUUUGGUGUUUGACGAGGGCUUCGAUGUGUUUGAGAGGGCAAGCUAUGGGCAAGGUUGCGAGAUUCAACCAAUCAUCGAUGACAAACACCAUAAGAAAUUCUGCUAUUUGGGGUACGGUUCACCAGCCAAAUUACUCUCAUCGGCUAUCAAGAAGGUAAUUUCUGUCAGUACCGAACUGGAUUGCAAAAACGAGUGCGUUAGGCUGCGAGAGACAACACCGUUCAAAUGCUUAUCCUUCAGUUAUAGUUCACAAGCUUCAACAUAUAACUGCGAAAUGUCCGACUUGGACCAGAGCGAGUUGAAGCUGGGCGUUCACUAUGCCCACACCAAUGAUCGAGAUUACUGGCUGUUUGCGUGGAACCCGUUCGAUUAUACCUGCCGUGAUAAGAUUAUCACCAUCAGUGGCGGAGGAACCCGAAUGAAUCAUGACCGUCGGAUGGAUAUUUUCCGAGAGCCGGGUGACGGAAGUUGGCGCCAGUACACCGUGUCGGGGAAACCAUGCAGACUCGGCACCAAGUGCGAGCGCAACAAGAUCACAGGGUUUUACUCGUGCGAGCUAGAGGGUGGUGAGGUUGGUUCGUGGGACUAUUGCUGUAAAUACGAUCACCCUUGCGGCUACUCGCAAGGGUUCGAGUAUCCAUGGUGCUUCGUGGGCGAUGCUCCCGACCAGUGGCGCAAGUGCAGCGAUAAGUACUUCCCCAAGAAACCUCACCAGCACCCCAAUGGGAUCACCGAUGAUUCGGGUCAUCAAGACAAGAAUAAAAAGGGUGAAGUCUAUCAACCCCCACCGAAACCUGGCGGACUGAGGCACCUGGACGAUGUAACUGCACCGGCGGAACUCUGGCCCGUCACGUUCCUGUAUGACAAGGGUCCUCCGUUGAAAAUUCCCAAACCAACGGCGGCCAACGUGACGGAACUCAGCAGCAAUGUGAUCGAUUGCCGGAAAGACAAAUGCUAGAUGUGUGAGACGUGUGCAUGCGCGCAGCAAAUGCGGGUCCGAGCUGAACAUCCAUUCAUUCCAGAACAUAGUUAAGCUUAGCUGCCGUAGCGUAGCGAUCGCAUUUAAAUAGUGAAACCAGUAUCUCUUGAUUUGUACAAUCACAUGACAUCCACUCUACACAUCCUAAUACUACUGAAAAUACUGCCAAAAUUGUCAUUCUAUUUUCGCAAUAUUGUACGACUAUCAUUAGGGACAUCGUGAGCUCUUGCCACUUUCUUUAUCGUUCGAAUGGUUAGUUUAUGUUUUAUGCGAUGAAAAACUUGAAAUUUUCCGAUACAGCUAUAAAGAAAGAUGGUGACAAAAUUCAUCAAAAUGAUCUAUUUAUUGAUAAGUUAAUCAUAAACAUGAUUUAAAUGUAACAAUAAGACGUAUGGAAUAGAAUAUAUUUUAUAA